AUGUCAACGACCCUGAGCAUUGCCCAGGACCCUGCGGCGAGGAAUGAUAGUUCUAGUACUUCGGCGUCUAGACAUAGAUCUAAUCAGUCACAUAGCACUUAUCAAACCGCUUACAGCCAUCCACCUAUGGUGAUUAAUCUAGGAAAAGGCAACCCUCAGGUUGGAGUUAAUGGGAGAGAAUCAACAGACACAUAUGCAUCGACAAUAUUAUCAGAAACAGAAGAGGACAUAGACGACGAGCCACCAAUCGAACUUGUCUCAGAUAGAUAUGAGGAUUUUCCAUCGAAUCCUAUCCCCUCAUCCCCACCAACGUUUGGAGAGUUGUUCCCAUCCCCCAGGCGACUUCUUAUAAGACACGAUGAUACCACGAUUGAUGGAAACAUGAACCUACGCAUUGAUACCAUUGCGGUUCAGCCAGGAGGGCGUCAGUACGACAUCACGCUGUUUCAUCUCCGCAUGCACGAUCUGGGAAAUAGGAAAUUCUCACUUCGACGGUAUUGCAGAGACUCCGGAAGAGAGGUCUGCCAUUCAGCGAGGAAGUUCAACCAGCCGUCUGCAGAAAUGCUCACUGCUCUGCAACGACCUUUGACCAACGCUUUCUCCACUCUGCGUUCCAAAUCAGAUUCAAUAGCCACCACAACGAAUGGGCUAUGGAGGCAGAACUCGGGAUAUAAACCAUCAACAGAAUGCACCGAGAAUGGCAAUGGCAGGAGAUAUUCUAUAGAAUCAUUAUCGCGACCCAAAAGCCCCGAGCCGACAAACAUUAUCCAACUCGAGUUCUCCAAUUAUGCGCAUGUCGAUGUCAAGCGGAGAGGCCCCAAGGGCUCCAAACAUUACGACUUCGAAUAUUGGAGUACGAGAUAUCAAUGGAAGAGAAGUAGUCGAAGGGAUGGAGAUUCGAAGGAAAUCUCGUUUGACCUCUAUCAUGUAGCAAAGUCAAAACCAGUUGCACAUAUUUUAACAGAACGUCUGACUCCACUGGAAGCUCUGGAAGAAAGAAGCAAAGGCGGCUGGAUUCCGCCUUGCUCUAUGUGGAUCAGCGACCCUUCAUUAUAUGAAAGCAUGAAAGAUGUUGCUGAUGUCGUCGUUGCCACUGGGCUUAUUGCAUUGGUGGACGACAGUAUCAAGCGCCGCUGGAAUAACAAACGGACCUCACUCUCCCACACUCCUAUGACUUCAUCAUUUAUGAAGAGUAUGGACUCUGUGGCCUCGAACAAAAUUAUAGAGAAGGUUUUCCACCGUCGUGGCUCGACUGGAUCUCGACACAGCUCAUUUCGCCAGAUGUUUGCUCAUGCUUAA